AACUUUACCACACUCACACCACCCCUUUUAUUGAAAUCUUGAACCCCAAUUUGCUCUGUGCUCACUCAUUCCUAACCAAAGCCUCUUCUUAUUCUCCAUUUUUUUCUUCUUGUUCUAUCCGUGACGAGCAUUAUGGCCUCAAGGGCAGUGUUAUUGUUGGCUUUGUGUGUGCUGCUUCCGGCGAUGGUUGCGGCCAUUCGCCCAGCCAAGAACCCUUUAUGCGUGAAGGGUCGCGUCUACUGUGACCGUUGCCGUGCUGGUUUUGAGACCUCUGCAACCACCUACAUUGCUGGUGCGGAGGUUAUCUUGCAAUGCAAGAGCAGGACGAGCAACGAGGUUGUUUACACAAAGAAGGGAAAGACUGAUUCCAGUGGAGCAUACACAAUAUACGUGGAUGAGGAUCAUGCAGAUCAGAUCUGUAAUGCUAAGCUUGUAAGCAGUCCCCACCCUGAAUGCAGAGAAGUGACCCCUGGCCGUGACGAAGCCCUUGUUAUUCUCACCCGCUUCAAUGGCAUUGCCUCCGACGACAGGUACGCCAAUGCCAUGGGUUUCAUGUCUCAGGAUGUUGCUGCUGGCUGUGCUGAGGUCCUCAGGCAAUACCAGGAGUUCGACAAUGAGAACUGAUUAAUUAAUUAAUUAAUUGAUUGAUCUCAGUAUAUUAUCACUAUCCACUUUCGUUUUGGGUUUCCUAAUGUCUAUUUAAUUCAAUCUUGAUGUGGAGUGUUAUCUCGACAUUUUCAUAUUAUGUUAUAUAUAAUAUAUGUUGAAGGACCCUGCUUAAUUAUAUUAUUACAUCAAGACCUCUCUUGGACUUUGGGGUGUGUUAGUUUUUCGUUGAAGGUGCUUUUCCUUUAGAUUAUACUAAUAAUAGACUUGAUUGUGAAAUAAAUCAACAAUUUUUCA